AAUGAAAAAUCCAGAAGGUAUUUCAUCAUCUAUAUUUAAACAAGAACCAACUGACGACAAUUCAAGUCUACAACCACCUUCAUCAAUUUCAUCUGUUAACCAAUCUUGUCAUAAUCGACUUAUUGAUAAUAAUAAUAAUAAUAUUUAUUUGAAUGACCAACAUUUUAAUUUGACCGCCUAUCCAUACUCAAACGCCGUUACCAUAGAUACAAUUAAUAAAACAAAUUCAAUAUUAUCAAUAACAGAUGAAAAAUUGAUACCAACAUCACAGACAAUGAUAACAAAUAAUAAUAAUUUAAUAACUAAGAAAUUUCAAAAUCCAUUUAUUAACUUUAAUUUAACUAAUCAAUUUAGUUAUCCACUUUCUUCUCUUCCACUAUCACCUUCCUCGUCUUCUCAUCAAACUAGUGAUAGUAUACAGUAUGUUAAUACUUCAUUACAAGAUGUGAAUUAUUCAACUUCAGCGGCAAGUGUGCUAAUACCAUCAUCAAUAUUUGAUGCUUCUCAGUUACCAACAACUAUCGCAGCAUCCACUUCAACUAUGAAUAGUAAUUUAAAUACAAAUACAACUAGUUCAUUACAUAAUCAAAGGGCAAGUAUAUCUCGUAAUAGUUUAAAAAGUAGUCUUUUAAACUCUGUAACGCGAACAUCACAGUCAUCAGUGUCUUCAUCUCCUUUAACAUGUUAUCAUACUUCAAAAACAUCAUCAACACUGACAACAUCAACACAUAAUCGAUUAUUAGGCAAUCAACAGUGUGGAAUAUCAUCACGUUCAAAUGUACAAAAUGAUCAUUCUCGUCCUUUUAAUCCUCCUCCGCCACCGUCUCAACCUCAGAAUCAAUCAGCACCUACAUCGUCUUCACAUCAUCAUCCUCAUCAUCAUCGCCAUCAUCAUCAUCAUCUUCAUCAUUAUCGAAAUACAUCAAUAUGUUCAAGAGCAUCAUAUAUGUGUCGAAAGUGUAAAACACAUGGGCAUAAUAUCCCUGUGAAACGACAUAAGCGUACAUGUCCAUAUACAAAUUGUACAUGUAUUAAAUGUCAUCUUGUUGAUCAAGGAAGAAAAGUUGUUGCUAGACAGAUAGCAUUAUAUCGUGAUCAGAAGGGCAAUUCACAUCGUGAUAUACACGAUCAAUUAGACGGUAAUCGCGUACAACCAACUAACAACGGAAGCUGGCGAUCGUCUUCAAUUUCGUCGCUCUCAUCAACCACAACCACCAUCUCCACAACAACAACAACAACGACAACAUCGGCAAAUAUAAAUCUAGAAAUCAAUAAAACUGAUGAAAUAAAAAUCAAUAAAAAUUUAAACAAUAACCGAAGUAAUAAUAGUAAUAAUCAUUUAUCUAAUCAUAGUGGAAUACAUACUACUAUCAAUGAUAGUAAUACUAAAACGAAUUCAGUCUUACUACCAUUAUCCCAUUCGAGUUCAUUAAGAUCAGUGGUUGCAUUAAUAGAUGAGAAACAGACAAUUACCAGUGGUCCACAUUGUCGAAGAUGUCGUAAUCAUUCAAUAGCUGUUACAUGGAAAGGUCAUAAAAAAACUUGUCCAUUUCGAAAUUGUCCAUGUGAUCCAUGUCGAUUAAUUAAUGUAAGAAAAGAUACAGAGAAGACGCUUAGAGAAAUGGUAAGUCAUAGUGAAAUGAAACCUUUUACAGGUAGUUUUAAAGAAAAUCGUAACAGCUUUCCAACAUAUACACCAAGAUUAGCAACACAGACAAACUCGGUUGUCUCAGAGCCAAAUAAUCAUCGAUUUGACUAUUUACCCAAAUCAAUUCAUUCAAACUAUACAAAUGGAAAUCAACCGGUGGAACAACAUUUUAUUCCUUGUACACAGGAAAGUGUCCCGUUGAGACCACCAAAUUCGUCAACAUGUUUAACACAACUCUUACAUAAUAAUAAUAAUGUUAAUAAUGUGCCGAUAAAUCCAUCGCAUUGCCAGUUCAAUCAGAAAACUAAUUCACGACCGAAUUCUAUCGAUUCAAUCCAUUCUCAGAAUAGUUCAGAUAUUCAUUCCAAUAGUAAUAAUAAUAAUAAUUCUAUUACACUUCCCAAUUCAUCUAAUCUUUGUAAUGUCAAUCAUCUUAAAGGACACUUAAAAUCUACAAGUCAGUUAAAAGCAUCAAAUCUUUCUCCAUAUCGUGAAUUAACCCACCUUUCAUCAACUGACUGGUGGAUUCAGCCAACGAACUUGUUGACAACAUCAACUCAAUCAUUGUCAAGUUCUAGUAUUACCUUUUUACCAACAAAUUUAACACUACCAGUGAAUACAUUACAAAAUCAAAAUCAUCUAAGCGAUGAUUGCAUGCAGGUGGAUAGAAUCAGCUUAGAGAAUAUGAAUCAUAAAAUCAAUAAUAGUAAUAAUACUGAUAGUAACACUGUUGAAUAUGGUUCUACAAUAAUGACGACGGCGAUGGCGACCUCGACAACACCGACAACGAGAGCAGGAACAGGAGCAACAACAACAACAGAUGUCUCGCAAUUAGGCUCAGUUGAAGAUUACUACGACAAUCAAUAAUGAAAAAUGAUUUAGUCACUGGCAAUAAUUCUGAUUUCAUUUGCAAUGAUAUUAA